CGGAAGUGGCGAGGAAGCUUGGCCUUCCGCGCUUCCCGUAGUCCAGGCGAUACCAACUGUCUCUGCGAUUCCGAGGGAGAGGAGAGAAAAGGGGGAAAGACGAAGGCGCGCUUAUGAACGGCCUGCCUCCGGGGGCCGAACGCGACACCUUGAUGGGGGGAGUCUGACGCGCCGAGAAGCCGGGAGAAGCGGCCUUGGCGCGUGCCUCGGAGGCGGCCGCGGGAAAAGGGUGAGAUCAAUACUAACGCCCCACAAUGUCCUUGAAACCACGAGUAGUUGAUUUUGAUGAAACAUGGAACAAGCUGCUUACAACAAUUAAAGCUGUUGUUAUGUUGGAUUAUGUGGAAAGAUCAACAUGGAAUGACCGCUUUUCGGACAUUUACGCUUUGUGUGUGGCCUAUCCUGAACCACUGGGGGAGAGACUUUAUAUGGAAACAAAGAAUUUUUUGGAAAAUCAUGUACGCCAUUUGCACAAGAGAGUCAUGGACUCUGAAGAACAAGUACUGGUAAUGUAUCAUAGAUACUGGGAUGAAUACAGUAAAGGGGCAGACUAUAUGGACUGUUUAUACAGAUACCUCAAUACACAGUUUAUUAAGAAGAACAAAUUGACUGAAGCUGAUCUUCAGUAUGGUUAUGGAGGUGUGGAUAUGAGUGAACCAUUGAUGGAGAUUGGAGAGCUAGCACUUGAUAUGUGGAGGAGGUUAAUGAUCGAGCCUUUACAGGCUGUCCUUAUUCGAAUGCUCCUCCGUGAAAUCAAAAAAACUGAGCAGCAGUACAAGCUUCAGCUACUUCUGUCAGUCAGCCUUGUUCCAGGUGAUCGCUGUGGAGAAGAUCCAAAUCAAAAAGUAAUCCAUGGGGUUAUUAACUCCUUUGUUCAUGUUGAACAGUAUAAGAAGAAAUUCCCUCUGAAGUUUUAUCAGGAAAUUUUUGAGUGUCCUUUUCUGAAUGAAACAGGGGAGUAUUAUAAACAAGAAGCUUCAAAUUUAAUGCAAGAGUCAAACUGCUCACAGUAUAUGGAAAAGGUUUUAUGUAGAUUAAAAGAUGAAGAAAUGAGGUGUCGAAAAUAUCUACACCCCAGUUCCUAUGGCAAAGUAAUUAAUGAAUGCCAACAGCGAAUGGUAGCAGAUCACUUACAGUUCCUUCACGCAGAAUGCCAUAACAUUAUCCGACAAGAGAAGAGAAACGGUAAAGACAUACAGGACAUGGCAAAUAUGUACACGUUGCUUCAUGCUGUGCCAAGUGGAUUACCUCAUAUGAUUCAGGAACUACAAAAUCAUAUCCAUGAUGAGGGCCUUAGAGCAACCAGCAAUCUCUCUCAGGAAAACAUGCCCACUCAGUUUGUGGAGUCAGUGUUGGAAGUACACAGUAAAUUUGUUCAGCUCAUCAGCAGCGUUUUGAACGGUGACCAGCGAUUUAUGAGUGCCCUUGACAAGGCCUUGACAUCCGUAGUGAACUAUAGGGAACCAAAGUCUAUCUGCAAAGCUCCUGAGCUGCUGGCCAAGUAUUGUGACAACUUGCUAAAAAAAUCUGCAAAAGGCAUGACAGAAAAUGAAGUAGAAGACAAACUUACUAGCUUCAUUACUGUUUUCAAAUACAUUGACGACAAAGAUGUUUUCCAAAAAUUCUAUGCCAGAAUGUUGGCAAAACGACUUAUACAUGGUUUGUCUAUGUCCAUGGACUCUGAAGAAGCUAUGAUUAACAAAUUGAAGCAAGCCUGUGGUUAUGAGUUUACUAGCAAGCUCCAUCGAAUGUAUACAGACAUGAGUGUCAGUGCAGAUCUUAAUAACAAAUUCAACAACUUCAUAAAAAAUCAGGACACCGUCGUAGAUUUGGGAAUUAGUUUUCAGAUAUACGUUCUUCAGGCUGGUGCAUGGCCUUUGACUCAGGCGCCUUCAUCUACAUUUGCAAUUCCUCAGGAACUGGAAAAAAGUGUACAGAUGUUUGAAUUAUUUUACAGUCAGCAUUUCAGUGGGAGGAAACUCACCUGGCUUCAUUAUCUCUGCACAGGUGAAGUUAAAAUGAAUUAUUUGUGCAAACCGUAUGUAGCCAUGGUUACAACAUACCAAAUGGCAGUGCUGCUUGCCUUCAACAACAGUGAAACUGUCAGUUAUAGAGAACUUCAAGACAGUACGCAGAUGAAUGAGAAGGAAUUGACAAAAACGAUCAAGUCGUUACUUGAUGUCAAAAUGAUCAACCAUGACUCUGAGAAGGAAGAUGUAGAAGCAGAGUCUACUUUUUCAUUAAAUAUGAACUUCAGCAGUAAACGGACAAAAUUUAAAAUCACUACAUCAAUGCAAAAAGAUACACCGCAGGAAAUGGAGCAAACCAGAAGCGCUGUAGAUGAAGAUAGAAAAAUGUACCUUCAAGCUGCUAUAGUUCGUAUCAUGAAAGCGCGGAAGCUGCUGCGACACAAUGCUCUUAUUCAGGAGGUCAUUAGCCAAUCAAGAGCUAGGUUUAAUCCAAGUAUCAGCAUGAUUAAGAAGUGUAUUGAAGUUCUGAUUGACAAACAAUACAUUGAGCGGAGCCAGUCCUCAGCAGAUGAGUACAGCUAUGUAGCAUGAGGUUAAUAUCCUGCAGGUAUGGUUGUACGGAGAUCAUUGCUGUCACUGCUUGGUGUGUCCUGUGGGGGGGGGAAAAAGCAGGCCUGCUGUGCCUCCAUAAUUGGUCACUUUGGCAGCCCCUGUUUUUUCUGCUGUUUACAACAUCACCAGUGCCACGUCAUGAGCGUCAACGAAAAGAAAUGAAAAGCCUAUAGAUAUUCCAAGCUCAUGUCAUUAUGACAUUUCUUAAAACUUUACUAAACGAGAAUGAGUAAAGUAUUGCUGAAAUGUGGAAAUUUUGGUUGGAUACCAUGCUUCCCCCCUUCCACCCCCUCCAUGCCCCCCACGUUUGCAGUUGAUGUUUUUUAAUGUAUCUUAAAAGACAAAGUUAAAACAGACUAAAUAUUGUAAUAUGGCAGAUAACAUAAUAAUUGUAUCUACAUUAAAAUGUAAAAAGAACAUGAUACUGCUGCUUGUCAAAUAAAUAAAGAAAUGGAA